AUGGACGUCUUUUGUCGUAUAGUUCGAGAAAAACUCGGCUAUGAAGUGUUACUUACAAAUGAUCAAUUUUAUUCGUUCGGAUCCGCGUUAGAAAAAAUUAACAUGGCAUUGAUUGUUGCUGCACUUACGAAAAAUUUCCUGGAUGAACUCAAUAAUAAACAAUAUCCUGAAAAGCGCGGUGAUAAUGAUCAAGUUAAUAAUUACCAUAAAACAUUGUCACGAAUAACUGAUAGAAUAGAUGACAUAGAAAGCAGGUUGAUCAAUAUUGAACUUGGUCGAUUUUUUAAUUAUGAUCCAAGAAUAUAUACUGAAGUGAGUUCAUAG